CGACCGGCAGGGCUCGCGGCACCGGCAGCACGACGGCGCGCCUGCCUGGGGCAGGGGACCACCUCGGCAUGGCUCUCGGCGUGGGGAGGACGACGUGGAGCCACACGGACGCUGCCCUGGCCAGCUUCUGCGCCGCCCUGCUGUGCUGCGGCCCCGUCCUGGGGGGCUCCCGGCUGGUGACCUUCUUCCCAGCCAUGUUGACUCUCCCUGCAGGUGGCUCAGCCACCUUCUUCUGCAACAUCUCCAUGAAGAGCGUCUCUGGCUUGGAGUACAGCCUCAACUGGUACAAAGAGACCAACCACAGCCAGCCUCAGAAAAUCGCUGAGAUCAGCCGUAACAACCCCCAGACGAAGACGGAGAAGUACCUGCUCACGAACCACACUCCUGCCUUCAAGAUUGAGAUCCUGAACCUUCACCAGAAUGACUCAGGCUCCUACUACUGUGGGCUGAUCGCCUUCUUCCAACCUGAUAAAGUGAUUGAGAGCAACCGGUCCCACCUCGUGGUCACAGCAGCUCCUGAGAAAAUAAACGCCACUGAUGAGCCUCAGAUAGAGGAAAGCGACCCCCCAGACCACAUCAAGGCUGUGCUCGUAGGUAUCCUGUUGCUGGUUGGCGCUGUUGUGCUUCUGAUCUUUGGCUACCUCACCGUCACACAUAGGAGAAGAGAUGUGCAAAAACCACCGAGUGAAAAUGUGCCAACGAAGGAGGAGAAGCCCCCUGUGGUGUCUGUGCCCACUGUGGACUACGGCGUGCUGGAGUUUCAGUGGGACCAGCGCACGCAGACGCCCCCCGAGAUACAGCCAGCUGACCAGACUGAAUAUGCCACCAUCAUCUUCCCGGAGGAAAAACCAGUUACGCCAGAGCGGGGGAAGAAAAACCAGAACCAGAGGAGCUGGCAAGUGCAGCCACAGCCCUGCUGAGGAUCUGGGAUCCCACAAUGCACCUUCUCCCAUCUUUGUGCUGCAACGGCCUCCCCGGAGACGCCCAGGCAGGAGCCUGCCCUGCACUGGCACCCCUUUUCUCUCCAUGUCAGGCAGCCAUCUGUGAGCCCUGCCACGGCCGUGUCUGGGCAGGGACAGGUCCCCCCUUCCCCUUGCUCCAGACAGUUUGCAGCUAGUGAAAACCAGCACUGAGGGACUGGAGUGACGGAGGCACCUGCUGCUGGAAUUGGCACCUGACGGUCCCUCCCAGGCACAGCAGGCACCAUGGGCAUGGGAUGGAUGCAAGGGG